UUUACCGCAAAAAGCGAAUUAUUUUUACACUAUGUGCAUACUUACAAAGAAAGUAAACAGAAGAAGAUAAAGGACAUUUAAAAGGAUGUUUUAGCACCUCUGUGUGAUAAGCAGCAAUGAGUUCUCACGGGUUGACUAGCAUUAAAGCCCUGUAUUCAAAUCAAGACCUCUUGCCUCAUGCCUGUCACUGGAGGAGCUACAGUGAGAACUCAUCUGCUCUGCAUGAGUAGACGAGGAAGACAGUACCAAAGAGCCGUGAUACAUGGACAAGAAGGGACAUCUCUACAUCCAAGAGUGUGCAUCUGCUCCUGACAUUUACACAGCCGCAGCAUCCACAGAAGAAUCCAGGUGCCUUACCAUGAAUCCAGCUGAUGCAAAGAAGCUUAAACUAUUUCCCACAAGAGACUGACACAUUUUUGCCUUCAUAUUCAUACGGUAUAGUUGUGUGUAUGUUUAAGUGUUAACUAAGCUACAACCAAGAGACUGAAUUUUGCAUUUCAUAGAACAACGUGAUAUUGAUUUGUGUGAAGCAGAUGUGAAUAUGUUCUAAAAAAUAAUAUUAGUGGUAAAAAUAGUAUAAAUGUGAAUAGCUAAUGGGAGCUGAAUCACUUAGCUACAGGCCAAAUUAGAUUUAACCCAAAUUUAAGUACACCAAGUAACAAUGUCAGAGCCUAGUCUUACUUCUGGGAGAAAACAGGUUAAUGUAGGUGAAAGUAUAGAGCAGCAGUGCAUAGACAUGCAACCACAGGCUACUAAAGGCACAAGAGCUAAUGACCACACUUCCUCACAAGAACCACAAAGAAGCCAAAGAGACCGAAAGUUAACAGAAAAGGGCCAAGAACUGUACAAUGAGCAAAUAAGAAGAUUUGCUCACCGUUUCACUGUGAGCUAUGAGGAGUGGAAGGCUAUUGCUAAAGACGCCAAGCAAGCUUUGAGUGGACAAUGCUCAAACAACCUGCUACAUGAACACAUAAGCAAAAUAAGUGCUGCCUCAGAGAAUCUGAACAUUGCUUAUGAUGAGUUAAGGCGCAUAGACAACCCUGACCAUGACACACGUCGCAGAAUUGACACCUGUGAUGCAGUAACCAGGAAGAUCAUCCAAACUGCAAAAGAUCGUUUGGAGACAGCAGAUAACGGUGGAGGAGAUGAACAACGAGGCAACAGGGCGACAUCGUCUAUAUUCAAGUCUGUAGCCUCAGACAAGAUAAGUAUCAAAUCCCAAUGCACUAAGUCCUCUCAUGCUCAAAGCAGCUCCAGACAUUCAAGUCGGAUUUCUGUUAGCAGACAAGAUGCCGCUGCUGAAGUUGCUGCCAAUGAAGCUACUCUAGAAGUACUACUAGAACAAGAGUGUUGCAUUGAGGAAUUGGAAAGGCUUGAAGCUGAAGCUGCAGAUAGACAAAAGGUGCUAGAUGCAAAGCGGAGACAACUGGAGCGACUAGAGACAGUUAAAAAGUUAAAGGCUGCUAAGGCACGUCAGCGAGUGUAUGAUCAGAGUGAGUGCUCAGAUAAAGAAAUAAGCAGUCUACUCCAUCAAAGUGUCUGUAUGAAGGAAAAGGAAGAAGUUAAACAUGAAAAUAAUCUGUUGCAGCACCAUUCUUCACCACAAGACCGGGCACAUUCAAAGCAGGAUGACAGCACAGUAGCUCUUGUUAGAGCACUUACAGAGUCCAUCAGUGCAGGUCGUCUUCCUAUACCUGAACCAACAAUAUUCAAUGGCGACCCACUCAGAUUCAAUGACUGGAAGGUUUCAUUUCAGACACUCAUUGAUCGGAAAAACAUUCCAGCCGAAGAAAAGAUAUAUUACUUGCGAAAGUAUGUGGGUGGACCUGCUAAAAAGGCUAUGGAGAGCUACUUCCUGCUUGGUUCAGAGUCAGCCUAUUACGCAGCAUGGAGGAUUCUCGAGGAAAGAUAUGGAAAUCCAUUCCUCAUAGCCAAAGCAUUCAGAGAUAAGCUUAGCAUGGCCCAAGAUAAGCUCCAAAGGCAGUAUCGAACUUCAAGAGUUUGCUGAUUUUCUUCGGAGCUGUGAGGCUGCUAUGACUCAGAUCAGAGGCCUCAAAGUACUUAAUGACUGCAAUGAGAACCAGAAGUUACUUGCAAAGCUUCCAGACUGGGUGACCUCGAGAUGGAACAGAAAAGUCAUAGAAGUGGAGGAAGAAAGUCACACAUUCCCAAGCUUCCAGCAGUUUGUAAAGUUUCUCACACGUGAAGCUAAGAUUGCAAAUAACCCAAUAACAUCUCUCCAUGCUCUGAAACCUGCUGAAGGUGAGCAGAUCAAGGUUUUAAAGAACAGAGCUCUCGGAGCAAAGGUACUAGCAACUAACUCAGAUGAAAAAGCUUCCUCCACAAGCUGUGUUUUUUGUGAGAAGUCAGGUCACAGUCUACACAAGUGUUGGAAAUUUAUGGAUAAAACCAUCUCUGAGCGAGUCAAGUUUGUUCAAGGGAUGAAGUUGUGCAUUGGCUGUCUGAAGCCUGGCCAUCGCUCAAAGGAGUGUGAAAAUAGAAGGAUCUGUGAUACUUGUGAGAAAGGACAUCCAACCUGCCUACACGAUAAUCGCAGCAAAGAAAGAGGAAUGUCAACAAGGACUGAUGGAGAAAUGGAGAGUGACAAGUCAAGAGAAGGAACGACAGAUCGUUCACAAGAGAGGGUGACAAAACCAACACGCGAGGUAACAUCUAACAGAGUUAUCCAGAAUGUUAAAGGCACCCAUACAUCCUCAGUCAUUCCUGUGUGGUUGUCCGCUACAAGUAAGCCAAAUCAUGAAGUUCUUGUGUACGCUCUUCUCAAUACACAGAGUGACACGACCUUCAUCCUUGAAGAGACAGCAAAGGUGCUUCACACUAAAAAUGAACCAGUCCAGUUAAAGCUCUCCACAAUGGCUUCAAGAAAUACAGUGGUGCCUAGCAGAAGGCUGACUGAUCUACAAAUAAGAGGAUUCUACUCCAAUAAGAUAAUCUCUCUGCCAGUAACUUACUCAAGAGAAUUCAUCCCUGCAAACAGAGAUCAUAUUCCCACACCGGAGACUGCCAAGGCAUGGUCUCAUCUUGAGCACAUUGCAGAUUAAAUUGCUCCUCUGCAGAGCUGUGACAUCGGCCUACUAAUUGGCUACAACUGUCCUCAAGCUCUUAUACCAAGGCAAGUGGUUGCUGGAGAAGAAAAUGAGCCCUUUGCUCAGAGAACAGACUUGGGUUGGAGUGUAGUUGGCUAUGGCAACCCAUGUCUUGACUUUGGAGAUACCUUUGGAAUAAGCCAUCAAGUCAUUGUGAAGCAAGUGACAUCAGUUCUUCCAAAUCUCCCAAAUGAAGUGCACCAUGUCUGUAGAACACAGAUCAAAGAAGUAGUCCUUCCAACAGACGUCAUCAAGGUGUUGGAAUCUGAUUUUGUAGAAAGGGCUUCAGAAGAUGAACACCUUUCUCAAGAGGAUCUCCAGUUCAUGUCAAUUAUGGAAAGUGGCAUCAGACUCAAGGAUGAUGGGCACUUUGAAAUGCCACUUCUCUUCAAGAAAGGAAGACCAAACUUACCAGAUAACAAGGUAUGUGGCAUCCACCAUCUCAGAUGUCUGGAGAAGAAAUUAAAAGGAAAUGAGCAGUACUACAGAGACUAUAAGACCUUUAUGGAUGAGACAAUAGCUUGUGGAGACGCCGAGCUUGUCCCUGAAGAGGAUAUAAGCAAGACCCCAGCGUGGUACAUCCCCCACCAUGGGGUGUAUCAUCCCCAAAAGCCCGGUAAGAUCCGUGUCGUUUUUGACUGCUCUGUAAGGUUUCAAGGGACAGCCUUAAAUGACCAUCUCCUGACUGGCCCAGAGUUAACAAACACCUUGGUGGGAGUUUUGUGUGGGUUCAGAAAGGGUCGUGUGGCAGUUAUGUGUGACAUAGAACGUAUGUUCCACCAGUUCCAUGUUAAGCCAGAGGACCAAGAUUACCUCAGAUUCUUGUGGUGGAAGGAUGGAGAUCUUAAAGCCCAGCCCUCCAUCUAUCGAAUGAAGGUCCACUUGUUCGGUGCAGCUUCAUCACCUGGAUGUGCUAACUAUGGCCUGAAGCACCUUGCCGCUCAAGGACAAGGACGCUUUAGAGAAGAAACCAUCAGGUUCAUCCAGAAGAACUUCUACGUCGAUGAUGGAUUGGCAAGUGUAAAAUCUGAAAACCAAGCAAUCCAACUAGUGAAGGAAGCAAGAGAGCUUUGUCGCACAGGCAAACUUCGAUUGCACAAGUUCAUCUCCAACAGCAAAGAAGUCUUAGCCACAAUUCCUGAGGAAGAGUGUGCUAAAGCCGUCAAGGACCUGACCAUGAUGUUGGGAGAACCACACAUGGAAAGAGCACUAGGAGUACAGUGGUGUGUGACUUCUGAUGAGCUGCAGUUCAGAGUGGUUGUCAAAGAAAAUCCACUCACCCGCAGAGGGGUCUUGUCUACAGUUGCCUCGGUGUACGACCCACUUGGAUUUGUGGCACCCUUCAUCCUGGUAGGAAAGCAGAUCCUGCAGCAGAUGUGUCGUGACAAGCUCGGUUGGGAUGAUCCUUUGCCUGAUGACCUUCGACCCCUGUGGGAGUCUUGGUUGCAAGAUCUAAAAAACUUGGCUGGUGUGAGAAUCCAAAGAUACUAUCUGCCAUCAAGCUUCAAGGUUCAGCAUUAUGAGCUCCACCACUUCUCUGACGCCAGCGUGUCAGGCUAUGGAGAGUGCUCGUAUCUAAGAGCAGUCAGUACAUCAGGUGAGGUCCACUGCUCCUUGGUCAUGGGAAAGUCAAGAGUUGCUCCUACUAAAGUCACGACCAUACCAAGACUCGAGCUGUCAGCAGCAGUGGUAGCAGUCCGGACCAGUGACAUGCUGAAGAAAGAACUAGAAAUAGACUGCCAACAAGAAUGUUUCUGGACUGACUCAAAGGUUGUACUUGGAUACAUCAGUAAUGAAGCCAGAAGAUUUCAUGUUUUUGUAGCAAAUAGAGUUGAACGCAUCAAGCUAAGCACAGAGGCCGGACAAUGGAGAUAUGUAGCUUCAGAAGACAACCCAGCUGACCACGCCUCAAGGGGUGUCACAGCAGAACAACUCACAGCUUCUAACUGGUUCACAGGUCCAGACCUUCUUUGGCAAAAAGAGCUACCAACUGGAGUUGUCAUGGUGGGAGAGAUCGAGAGCAGUGACCCAGAGGUCAAGAAAGCUCAGGUUCAUGACACUCAGGCAGAAGAAGCAAAAAUAAUUUUAGAUCGUCUACACAAGUUCUCAGACUGGGCAAGAAUGGUGAAGGCUGUUGCCAGACUCAAGCGCCGUGCUAAGGAAAUCAAAGGUCUCAAGCCAAAGUCCUGUGAGGCCUCGAACUUGGAGGAAAGGAAAGAGUUGGCGCUGACCAUAAUCAAGAUGGUCCAGGAAGCAACUCUCUCUCAAGAAAUUCAACGCCUUAGACAUCAUAAGGAGACAAAGAUCAAAGACAAAGCCAACCAGUUGCACAAACUAUGUCCGUUCCUGGAUGAUCAAGGUGUAAUCAGAGUAGGAGGCCGCUUAGCUAAUGCUGCCCUACAUCCACAUGUGAGGCAUCCAGCAGUACUUCCUAGAGACAGUCAUGUUUCUGCAUUGCUCGUAAAGCACUAUCAUGAGAGAGUGUACCAUCAAGGUCGAGGAAUGACUAUAAAUGAACUCCGAUCCAAUGGCAUAUGGAUCCUGGGUUGCAGCAAGCUUGUUUCAUCCCAUAUUCACAAGUGCACAAGUUGCAGAAGGUUCCAAAGAUGCACAGAGCAACAAAGGAUGGCAGACCUUCCAGAAGAGCGGAUGGAAACAACUGCUCCAUUCACUUACUGUGGAAUGGACUGCUUCGGACCAUUUCACAUUAAGGAAGGAAGAAAGGAGCUAAAGUUUAUUUCAUGUAUUAGAACUUUAGUUUAUUUCAUGUAUUUGCACUGUUUAUUAUUUAAUUUCUUCUGCAUUGUACGUUUACAGCAAGACGGAACUAAUUCUUAGUUCCGCCCGAGUGUUUUCACCCGAGCGCCUUUUAGCGACGCACCGAAGAAACUUUAAUUAUUUUUCCACUGUUAUCAUGUUUAUGUGCAUACUUACAAAGAAAGUAAACAGAAGAAGAUAAAGGACAUUUAAAAGGAUGUUUUAGCACCUCUGUGUGAUAAGCAGCAAUGACGUUUGUGUGCUGUAUGAGCUUGAUUGUAACGCCAGAUGUGUGAGCCAUGCAUAUAGCAUUAUUUUGUUAAUGUAUUUUUUCUUUCUUUAAACCAGUUCUCACGGGUUGACCAGCAUUAAAGCCCUGUAUUCAAAUCAAGACCUCUUGCCUCAUGC